AUGGCUACCCGAUCCUUGUCGGCCCCCAACAUCACUUCCCCCGACGAGAAGCAGUACUUCAUCGGCAAGUACCAGGACUCCCACCCGCCCAGCUUCCACGGCACACCCACGCGCUCGGUACAGGACGGCUCGAACGACUUCAUGAUCGAGAAGUGCAUGUCGAUCGGCCACGCCACCCCUCGCCGCAACACGAACGCGACCGUUGACAGUGCUCCGUGGCCCGACACCCCGAGGCCGGUCAAGAAGUUCGAGGAUACCGAGGACAACGUCAAGAACCGAUACCAACGGUUAUCGCUGAUUCACGCGGGCCAACUCGAGCGCUAUUGGCCAAUAUUCUGCAACGGGACGACCAUUUAUCGAUAUUUAGCGUAUAUAAUUCAGGAUGCGCGAAUGAAAAAGCAAUUUCUACUGAUAUUCCUGUUACUCUCCAGCUCAAUACUAACAUUUCUGGUAUGGCCAAGUCUCGACGGACAGGUGGAAAUUACUGGCGCUAAAUAUGAGAAAAGAGGGAAUAGAACGAUCAUCUUGGCUUGGAACAAAUUUUUUGACACUGACCCAUUUCUAGGGGCAAAGGCGAACUGUCGGAGGGAUAACUGUAUUUUCACGGAAGAUCGUAGCCAAGUCGUUAUAGCCGAUGUAGUGGCCUUCCAUUCGAGGGAUACGGUGGAUCUCCCAAACCAAAAAUACCGUAGUCCGAACCAAAUCUACCUCUUCUGGACGAUGGAGGCAACGAAAAAUGCGGGGAAUUUUGGGUUUCCAAAAAACUAUUUCAAUCGCACAAUGUCUACCUCACCAAGUGCUGAUAUCCCAUUAACUUAUUCAAGAAAUAAAUUUAUUAAAAAGUUAAAUUCUUCAAAUCCUUCUGCAUAUCCAAGUUUUCCUGAUGCUAUUAUCUCCAAUAAAUCAUCAGGCAUUUUCGCGCUGAUCUCAAACUGUGACUACGUGACAAACCACCGAACGGAUGUGUUGGAUGAGAUUAGUCGUUUCUACCCCGUUGAUCUCAAAGGCGCCUGCGCGCCCGAUCUCAAAUCCCGGCAAUUUUGUCCGAAGCACACCGAUUGUACGGAUAGAAUAAAAAGCGGUAUUGAAGCUAAAUAUUUCCAUUUUGUGAUGGAAAACAGCGAUUGUGAUGGGUAUAUCACGGAAAAGACGUACAGUCGGCUGGGUUAUAACUCAAUUCCGAUCGCAGCAAUGCGGCAGAUUUAUGAAAAAUCCUCACUUCCAAAUUCUGCAUUUAUAUUUUUGGAUGAUUUUGGGUCGGCUGAAGAGGUUGCGAGACAUUUAAGAUACCUCGAAAACAACUCAACAGCCUAUAAACAAUAUUUCAAAUGGCGAGAAGAAUAUCAGCAAGUACCAUAUGAGCAGGACUGGUGUGCGUUGUGUGCUUCUCUAGUUCGGCCGUCCUCUCCUCUUCUAGAAGAGAAGAUAAUCCACGACGUUUACUCCGAAUACAUGACAUGCCGCUACGAUUCUGCGAUUCCACUGCCCGGUCUCUACUUUCCGUGGCCAAUCGAUUUUCGUAGACAUGGUUUCAAGAUUUGGCUCCUUGGAUUGCUAGCUAUUGUUUUGUUGAUGUUGGGAUUUUACUACAAAAAUUUGCUAAAACGGGGCAUUGAAUUUUGGGCGAGAUCAUUCAGAAAUCGUCGUGAAGAUAUCGGGUUGCUA